UCCGUCUCUCUCUCUAAAAUGGCGCUUUUCUCCAUUUUGUCUCUCCUCUUCCUCUCUCUCCUCCGCCCUUCAACAUCCAUCGGCGUGAACUACGGUACUCUCGCAGACAACCUCCCUCCAGCUACACAGGUCGCGAGCUUCCUGAAACAACACACCUUCAUCGAUGCCAUCAAGAUCUUCAAUGCCGAUCACGCCAUCAUCGGCGCCUUCGCUAACACCAACAUCGCCGUUACCGUUACAGUUCCUAACGGAGAAAUCCCUGCUCUUUCCAAAAUACGAAGGGCCCGAGCAUGGGUCGCCGCCAACAUCGUCCCUUUCUUUCCCGCCACGAAGAUCACCUGCAUCGCCGUUGGCAAUGAGAUCAUCUACUCCGGCGAUAAGAACCUCAUCGUCAACCUCCUCCCCGCAAUGAAAAACAUCCACCAUGCCCUCAAACGAGCUGGAAUCACCACCAUCAAGGUCUCGACGCCCAACACACUCGGCUUCCUCGCCGCCUCGGAUCCCCCGUCUACGGGUCGCUUCAAAGACGCCUACGAGCGCGUGAUCUUAUCGCCGAUGCUUGCGUUCCUCCGCGAGACGAAAUCCCCAUUCAUGAUAAAUCCCUACCCCUAUUUCGCAUUCUACGACAAAACUCUAAAUUACGCCAUCUUCAAACCCAAUCCUGGGAAGUUUGACGCUGCCACGGGUAUCAAAUACACUAGCAUGUUUGACGCGAUGCUUGACGCCGUCUAUACGGCGAUGAAACGGAUCGGGUACGGAGACGUCGAGAUCGUCGUGGCCGAGACCGGGUGGCCCUCGAUCGGGGACCCGAACCAGAUGGGUGUGAGUGUGGAGAACGCAGCUUCUUAUAAUGGGAAUUUGAUACGGCACGUGACUUCGGGGAAAGGAACGCCGUUAAUGCCGGGACGGAAGUUCGAGACGUACGUCUUCUCGCUGUUUAAUGAGAAUCUGAAGCCGGGUUCGACUGCUGAGAGGAAUUUUGGGCUUUUCAAACCGGAUCUGACUCCGGUUUAUGAUGUUGGGAUCAUGCGCGGGCAGUCCGGCGGUCCAGCACCGACCCCUACGACCCCGUCGGGUUCGGCGCACAAGUGGUGCGUAGCGAAACAGGGAAUAAGCGCGCAAUCCCUGCAAUCCAACAUCGACUACGUAUGUAGCUCAGGCAUAGAUUGCAAGCCCAUCCAGGCUGGUGGGCCAUGCUUCCUUCCUAACACGAUCCAGGCCCAUGCUUCCUACGUGAUGAACGCUUACUAUCAAUCCAAGGGUCGGAACAACUUCAACUGCGAUUUCUCUAAUACCGGAGUCAUCACCACGUCCAACCCAAGUUCGGGUUCUUGUAAAUAUAGCUUUUGAAAAGAUAUUUGAAGGUUAAUACCUGCAAAGGGCUCUCAUGGUCUUAUAUUUACCUUUUUGCCCCUCUAAGUUAUAUUUCAUUGUAAAAUGUUUGAUGAGUUGGGUUACUUUGAGAUUCACAAAUUCCACACGACAUGCUGGCACACGUGCUUACAUGGAACACGUGUGUGAGAUCAGAGGUUCCCAACAGUUUGGAGUGAGUACUUGGAUCCUCUCCCUACCUAAAGAUCAAGCAGUUUCAUUCCUCAGGUGGGCCACAAUGGAGUGAGUUGUUGCCUAAAACAAUUUAUCCUAGCCAUCCAAUUGUUUUGCAUGAUGUGGCCUUCCUGAGUUGCUGAACGGCAUGAUUCGUAGGUUGAAAGACCUAAAUGGUGUUGCCCACCUGAUGGAAAGAUCUGAUUAAGCACACAUGCGAUGUGUUGGCACGUGUGCUUGCGUGUGGGUAGGCAGGGCUCUAGGAAGCUUGUGGAAGUAGCCCACUCAUCUUGUUAUUUGAUAUUUUAUGUAAAUUGUAACGAUUCUAUUUCUUUAAGGGAGAGCUUUGUAAAGACCAUAAUUUCAAAAAUUGAAUUUAAAGACUCUACUCGUUUGAGUUGAUUCGACUAGA